AUGUCGGACUGGGUAGCUCAGUCGGUAGAGCACCUGGCUAGUGAUACAGGGGUCCCGGUUUCCAUUCCUGGUCCAGACGUCAUAGAUAGGUAUAGGCAACAUUCAACAAAUAUGACAGCCAGUAAACCAAAAUAUCCACUGGGCUCUCCUCAAGAGCAUAUUGAAAUGUGUAAUAUCCACAAUUUACCUAUUGAUGUUAUAUGUGAGGAAUGUGAUGAAUUCAUUUGUAAUAAGUGUGCCAAGACAAAUCAUAGAGAUCAUAACUGGAACACUCUACCCACGGCAGCCACCCAAAGAAGGAGAGGUCUACUUAAAUUUCUGAAGAAGAUUAAGGAAGAAGAAUUGCCAGGUAUUGAUGAGAAGCUAGAGAAUUUGUCAAAAAAGAUCAAAGCAAAUGAAGAAGUGUGUGACUCUGAGAUUAAAAAGCUUCAGAAGCAUUAUAAUGAGAUAAUGGCCAGGAUAACAAAUAUCAAGGAACGUAAGGAACAACAAUUUAGAAACAAUUUGAAGAAAUACAUUGAAAAGUUGGAUGUUGCAAAAUCUGAGUUAAACAAAACGAAGAAAGAAAUUGCACAAAUAGUUAAGUUCAUGGAGGAAAACAACAGUACCAUGUCAGAUUACGGCUUCAUUGACAACUACAGAGAACUGACACAACUGUUGUCUGGCCUGGAUGUUGAUAUGAAGAAUAGUACACCAUCAGUGAGAUACAGUAAAGGAGAAGUCAGUGAUGUGGUACUGGAGAACUUAAUUGGAAAGUAUUGUGAUUUAGAUGAUAUCAGUUUGACUGAAACAAGCUCAUUUAAAUAUGGAGAGGAAGGAGUAACUUUGUUGAGGGCAUUGUGUGAAGAUCAAUGUAACAUAAAACAAUCAGAGUCAGAUUACAUUGAACAAGUAAACAAAAAAGGGGAGAAAAAAACCCAGAUAUAA